CGGCCGAUUGAUCCGCUCGCGUUAUUUCCAGCGUUUACGCAACAGGCUCGAAACCGCAAAGCGGAGCCGAGCGGAUCGUUCGGUGGUCCAGCGUCGCGGAAAGAGAGCCGGGGCGAUCUCGCCGGCUCGGGAGAGGGUAGAAAAGCCGAUGGAGAACAACGUCGCGACAAAUGGUAGGACUGGCGAUUUUGGGCAGAGGAGGACAGACGGCAGGUGAAAGGGAGCACAGGAGGCGAGAUGCAGACGUCGCGGGAUCCGCAGAGGGGCCGGAGCGGGGCCGGAGCGGGGCCGGAGCGGGGCCUGAACGGAGCCGAUCGCGGUUGCAGUGCCCUGUGUUCGCGCGAUCGUCGCGAUGCUAAGGACGAUUCCUCGUCGUUUCCGACACAGUCCUCUCGACGCGGUGUUCGAGCCGUCGUCUCCGAAAGAAACGGCGCGGCCGCCGCACCGGUAGAAACCCAUUCGGGAGUACGGCCUCUAUCUUCCCCUCCCACGUGUCGCACACGUCGUCGCUCUUGUAGCGGGACGCGUGUCCGCCGGCUUCCACGAUCGCGCCCAUGUACACCGCGUAUAUAUACCUGAGCAACGCCGAAAAAAACCAGGCUAGUCGUGCCCGACGUUCGUCACCGUUCCACGCGGAUUUCCUUCGCUCCUUCCCGAGCACGCCGCCCGACGCUCCGCUGUCAUCGUCGCGAUCGCCGAGCCGGUCCCGCUCCGAUCCGAUCGUGCUGCUACCGAUCCACUCGACGUUCGCGCUCGGCGAACGGACACGCCGCGGGCUCUCUCGGUCUGCGAAACGGCGGCAGAGACACGGGCGCGGAAUUCGGAGCAGAAUCUCGCGCGCGAGAUCCACGAGAUCCGCGGCGCGCGGACUUCUCGUAUAAAACGAUAUUCGGCCCGGGCGAACGAUCGGAAACGUUUAUGGAGAGAAAGUAAACACCCGAAGGACACGAAUACAUCAUCGGGGGCCGACCACGCUGCCGCCGCCUCGCCACCUGUUCGAGAACGCGGCUUUUUCGCAGAAAGGUUCGCGCACCGAAAACAACCGGGCCCCUGCGCCACCGACGAAUCUCAUUCGACCGUGCGCCGUCGACGCGGCCGCUCUCCGUUUGCCCGUCGCCCAUCGAAGGCCCCGCAGCCGUUCACGUUCGGUCCCCGUUCGUUUAUGCAUCCGCAUAGGCCGUGUUCCCCGAUUGUUAUCGGCGAUCACCGAGCGAUAAACGAAAUCGCCGGCGACGAUUGGCGGCGACAGGCGAAACGGAAAAUCGUGCGGACUUCGAUCCCGUUGUGCAACCGAUCUCUGUGUCCGGGAUUUAUCCGUAAGUGUCUCCGUCGACCUGUAAUCGCGCGGUCCGCGACGCCCGGCCGAAGACUGCUCCGAGACCCGCUGAUAAAUCAUUAUCGCCGCGGAUGCUAUUAGAGACACACCGGAAUAAGAUAAAGGUGUAGAGAAACGAUUGGAGGAUCGGCGCGCGUUCGAAGAAGAUCAUCUUGUGGCGGGGGACGCGCGACGGGGAAACGGAUCCGCCGAGGAUCGGCCGAGGAUGUAAAUAGAAGGUUACGCGGAGUAGUCUCCAUUCACGUGGAAGCCGGGGAAAAACCGCGAGGCGUCCCCUCAGCUGGAAGAUAUCCGAGUCAUCGACGGUUAUACCACCUGCUCCCUGGUCCUGCUUCGCUGGGUCCUACGCGGUCCUGCGACGAUCGACGCACCUCUGUCACAUUCAUCAUGGGGAAAGCAGAAAAGGAACAAGCAGCUAUGGAAAAUCCGAUGCAGGAAUUCACCAGCAGCACCAAGAUAGCGCCCGUAGUGAUCGGCGAAUUCAACGAGAAGGACGAAUUGUACGAUCCCUUCGAGCAUCGCGACAAGAAAAACUCCAACUCCGAUGCCGGGGCGCUGGCGCAUUUGCUGAAAUCGUCCCUGGGCACCGGAAUCCUCGCGAUGCCGAACGCCAUACGAAACGGCGGCCUUUUGAUCGGCAGCAUCGGCACGAUAAUAAUUGGGUUCAUAUGCGCCCAUUGUGUCCACAUACUGGUCCACUCGUCCCACGUGCUCUGCAAGAGGACGAAAACACCUCAGAUGACGUACGCCGAGACAGCUGAGGCUGCAUUCCUUUACGGACCGAAGCCGGUCAGACCUUUGGCGAACGUCAGUCGAAUCUUUGUAAAAUCCGCAUUGUGCGCCACUUACGUGGGUGGUUCGUGCGUUUACGUGGUGUUCGUCGCGACCUCGAUACAGCAGGUGGCGAACUAUAACAGCGGCUUGGACAUAUCAUCCCGCUAUUAUAUUCUCGCGUUGCUGCCUGCGGUAUUGCUCUUGGGUCAGAUACGAAAUCUGAAGUACAUGGUGCCGGUUUCCAUGGUCGCCAAUGUCUGCAUGAUGGCCGGCUUCGCCAUAACCCUCUAUUACAUUUUCAGAGACAUACAACUGCCAGCGCCGAACGUUAAAUUGUUCUCGUCGGUCUCGCAGUUGCCCACGUUUUUUGCCACGGUGAUAUUCGCGAUCGAAGGUAUCGGCGUUGUGAUGCCCGUAGAAAAUACCAUGCGGAAUCCCGGACACUUUCUUGGAUGUCCGAGUGUUCUUAAUAUAACGAUGACGAUUGUGGUGUCCCUCUAUGCUGUAUUGGGUAUAUUCGGUUAUUUGGCGUACGGUGAAGACGUACGGCCGAGCAUCACGCUAAGCCUGCCGACAAAUGAAAUAUUAGGUCAAGCCGUGAAGAUACUAAUCGCCGUAGCUGUUCUGUUCACCUACGGUCUCCAGUAUUUCGUUCCAAUGGAGAUCAUAUGGUCGUCGAUCAAGGACAAGUGCAGCCACAAGUAUCAAACCUUGUGCGAAACGCUGAUGAGGAUAUUCAUGGUUCUGUUUACAGUUGUGGUGGCACUGCUGGUUCCUCAGCUGGAGCCGUUCAUUUCUCUGGUGGGCGCCGUAUUUUUCUCGGUGCUCGGCAUCAGCAUUCCAGCGAUCGUGGAAACGAUAUCCUGCUGGGAGGGCCAUCUGGGCACGUUCAAGUGGAGGCUCUGGAAAAACAUCGUGCUUCUGUUGUUCUCGACGUUCGCGUUGAUAUUCGGUUCGUGGAUCUCCAUAGAGGACAUAAUAAAGAUUUAUCGCAACUGAGAUUCGCGGGACUUUGACUCGUGUCCGCCCGUGAAAAGACUUGCGUUCGAACACGACGCCUCCGGUCUCGUCGAGACCAGAAUUCGGUAAACGAUUUCGUAACGUUCGUGCUCCGAACGUGACCGUCGUGGUCACGAUCGCCGUGUUCCGCCCGCCGCAGUGUGUCGCGCGACGUAUAAAACUCGAAUAACAAAGGAACGCAGACUUUAAUGUUGCCCACGAUGUUUUACGAAUCUUACUAAUUCGUUCGGUUAAACGUUUAUCAACUCGGAUCGAACUUUACAAAAGAUUACCGAAAAUAAUCUCCUCGAUUUUCGGUACGACAAUUUAUGGAACUUAGUUCUUAAUAGCUUUGCGUUGACGUCAAUUUAAGCUGUUCAACUUUGCCCGAAGGAAGUUGAUCAGUGUUCGUUUGGCGACAAAUCACAACAGCGAGUAUCGUCGAAAGGAUUUUUAUUUUACGAACGAUCCAAAUCGCUUCGAGCUUUUUAAAUGAAACUUAUAUUUCCUUCACACGCCUGUCGACGUAUCUUCGCAUUCUCUUUAAAAAAAAAAAAGAAGCAUCAGGGCACUUAGAUCGAUAAUUAACUGGUUCAGAAGUGACGAGUUUUGUCCGCCGCGCCGUUCACCGUCGCGACUCGGACGCGGGGAACAUCCAAUUCGGACGUUUCUCAUGUACAUUUUUGAUAUUUAUUCCGACUGUUUACUUAAGGUGUGCUCCUUUUCUCUUUAGCGGCCGUAAAUGUUACGGUUUGAUCGAUUGUUAUUAAAUUAGCUCGAGCAUCGUUA